GCAGUGGGGAAGCCACCAGUGGAGGAGCUGGCACAGACGGAAAGGAGGGAAAGAGAGACAGAAGAGAGAGAGACAGGAGACAGCGAGACAGAUACGAAGCAGGAAGACAAACCCCGGUAGAGAGCGUUUCAUCCCCGCUGUCAGUCUGUGAGGCUACGGUAAAACCCGCUACUUGACAGUAGCAGAAUAACUGUAGAGGAGAUGUGACUGGCCUUCUUCUUUUCCUCACAGAGCUUAUUUCACAACCAGCGGGAAGCACCGUACACACAGCCGCAGUUAUCCCUUCAUCCCCGGUCUUGUGGAUUUACUCGCUUUAUCUAAAGGGAAGCCGUAUUGAUUCUGCUCUCCAAUAAAGCCCACAGAUUACAAUGAGGGUGGAAAGUCCUUGAUCACAGCUAUGUCAACACUGCGUCGGAAUUUUUCAAGUCAAGAAGGAAUCAAGUAGAAGAGUGAAGGGAGUGUGUAUUUUCAGCUGUUACAUUUCAGAUAUUUUUGGGACCUCCAAUGCUUAUUUUAAGAGAGUUUUCUGUAAUUCUAAGCAUGUGUUUUUGAUUUGCUUUCAUUUAUUCAUUUGAACCAGAAACUCUUUUGUCUCUACGGUAUACACAUCAUAUUCUCUAACCAUGUACGGAAGCUCACGUUCCGUCUCCAAGCUGGAUGUUGUUGGUUCCAACGGUAACGGGUCGGUGUCGGGGAGCCCCGGUCGCUCCCCACGACUCCCCCGCUCCCCGCGCCUUGGACACCGGAGAAACAGCAGCAGCAGCUCCAGCGGACUCACAGGUUCCUGUAAGACCCUCUCCAUGGAGAAUAUUCAGUCUCUGAAUGCUGCCUACGCAACAGGGGGUCCAAUGUACUUCGCUGACACCGUUGAUGAUCCAAUGGGCAUCGGAAGCCUGGGCAGCGGGCUGAACCCCUCUGUGCCAAAAAACACCAUGACGCUGGGCAGAGCGGGGGCCAGGGUGCCCUAUGGGAUCAGGGCGGCCAUCAUGGGGAGCAGUCCUAAUAUAAACACUGGGGGAGGAGGGAUGAUGCCCAAUGAUGCGAUAGCAUUUGGGGGGGAAAUGCAAAACCACCCCCAACAGGCGGCUACUGUGCCACACUCCAUGAGACAGGUGAGAGACGGUGCAAUGUCAGACCUACAGACGCAGUUAAGAGAAGUGCUGAGAGAGAACGAACUACUGCGCAGAGAACUGGAGGCAAAAGAAUCCAAGUUGAGCUCCUCUAUGAACUCCAUCAAGACGUUUUGGAGUCCAGAGCUGAAGAAGGAGAGGGCGCUGAGGAAGGACGAAGUCACCAAGAUGGCCGUGUGGAAGGAGCAGUACAGGGUGGUGCAGGAUGAGACGCAGCAUUUUCAGUGCACCAUCCAGGCGUUACAGGAUGAGCUCAGGAUCCAGCGAGACCUCAACCAGCUCCUUCAGUCCGACUACUCCGAGUCCGGUCACCUGGGAAACCAUUCCAUCUCCCCUCAGGAAAUGACAGAGGAGAACUUCCUGCGUCUCCACGGCGAGUACGAGCGCCACGUGAAAGAGCUCUUCCUCCUGAGAAAGACGGUGGAGGAGAUGGAGCUGAGGAUAGACACACAGAAACACACACUAACUGCCAGGGAUGAAUCUAUAAAGAAGCUCCUGGAAAUGUUGCAGAGCAAAGGCCUGUCGUCACGGGCAACCGAGGAGGACCAUGAGCGGACGAGGCGAUUGGCCGAUGCUGAGAUGACCAUCCACCAACUGGAGGGGCUGCUGGAGCAACGAGACAAGGAGAUGCUACAACUCAGAGAGGAGCUGCACCGGAGAUACGAGGCAGCUCCAGAAUCAACCAAGACCAAGGCCUUGCAGACGGUCAUUGAAAUGAAGGAUGCCAAGAUCAGCUCGAUGGAGCGCGGCCUGAGAGAGCUGGAGGACGAGGUGAACAUGCUCAAGUCCAACGGAGCUCUGAGCAGCGAGGAGAGGGAGGAGGAGAUCAAACAAAUGGAGGUCUACAGAUCCCACUCCAAGUUCAUGAAGAACAAGGUUGAGCAGCUGAAGGAAGAGCUAACUCUCAGCCAAUCAGAGAAGGAGGAGCUAAGGCAACGAGCCAAUGAGCUCCAGCGGGAGAUGUCUGCAAUGGAACAGGCAAAGCAGGAUCUGGGUCGUAAGGACAGCGAGCUUUUGGCUUUCAGGACCAAACUUGAAACUCUUAACAACCAGUUUUCUGACAGCAAACAACACGUGGACGUACUGAAGGAGUCCCUCACUGCCAAGGAACAGAGAGCCGCUAUACUGCAGACUGAGGUGGAUGCGCUGCGUCUCCGUCUCGAGGAAAAGGAAUCCCUCCUCUCUAAAAAGAGUCAGCAGAUAUCAGAGAUGACGGACGAGAAAAGCACUCAUCAGGGAGAGAUCAGCGACCUCAAAGACAUGCUGGAUGUCAAGGAGCGCAAAGUGAACGUGCUGCAGAAGAAGAUAGAGAACCUCCAGGAUCAGCUGAGGGAUAAAGAGAAGCAGCUGAGCGGACUGAAGGACAGAGUCAAGUCUCUACAGACUGAUACCUCCAACACCGACACUGCACUGGGAACACUGGAGGAGGCUCUGGCUGAGAAGGAGCGAAUCAUCGAGCGGUUGAAGGAUCAGCGGGAGAAGGAGGAAAAAGAAAAAGGGGACGAAGCUGAAUCGAGCAAGAAGGAGCUGAAGGAGCUGAGGGAGAAAGUCUCCCACCUGCAGGCUGACCUGGCUGACCGCGAGACUUCAGUGUUGGAUCUGAAGGAGAAGGCUUCCUCUCUGGCCUCCUCCACUCUGAAGAAGGACAACAGGCUGAAGACUCUAGAGAUCGGCCUGGAGCAGAAGAAAGAGGAGUGUGUCAAACUUGAGAACCAACUCAAGAAGGCUCAGAAUGCAGCGACAGAUUCCCAGGCCAGCUCUGAACUCUCUGAACGCAUCUCCGGCCUGGAGGAGGAAGUGGCCCGGCACAAAGAGGACGCUGCGAGGGCCCAGUCCGAGGUGGAACGACUUCUGGAGAUCCUCAGGGAGAUGGAAAAUGAAAAGAACGACAAGGAGAAAAAGAUCAACGAGCUGGAGAGGCAGAUUAAGGACCAGUCAAAGAAGAUGUCCAACCUGAAACACAAGGAGCAGCUGGAGAAGAGCAGGAACGCCCAGAUGAUGGACGACGCCAAGAAGAGAGAGGACAACCUGAACCAAAGCUCCCAGCAGAUAAAGGACUCCCUACGCCAGAAGGAGGAGCGCAUCGAGGAGCUGGAGGAGGCGCUGAGGGAAAGCGUUCAGAUCACAGCGGAAAGGGAGGUGGUGCUCGCCCAGGAGGAGCACGCACGUACACACUCUGAGAAACAGGUGGAGGACCUGCUGGCUGCCAUGGAGAAGGUGAAGCAGGAACUGGACGUGAUGAAGGCCAAGCUGUCAUCAACUCAGCUCUCACUGGCCGAGAAGGAAGGUCACCUGACGUCGCUGCGGGCUGAGCGGCGGAAGCACCUGGAGGAGGUCCUGGAGAUGAAGCAAGAGGCGCUGCUGGCAGCCAUAAGUGAGAAAGACGCCAACAUCGCCCUGCUGGAGCUCUCCUCCUCCAAGAAGAAGAAAACCCAGGACGAGGUGGCAGCUCUGAAGCGGGAGAAGGAUGGUCUGGUUCAUCAGCUCAAACAGCAGACUCAAAACCGGAUGAAGCUUAUGUCGGACAAUUAUGACGAUGAGCACCUGAAAGUCUCCUCUCCAAGCUCAGAGCAGCCCAACAAUCAUAAGCCCUCCCCAGAUCAGGUUCUCUCUCCUCUCCUGGAUCUCAAUCAGAAUCGCAGCAAGCUGAAGCUGUACAUCAGUCACCUGACCUCACUGUGUCAGGAGAGAGACCCAAUCAUACUGCAGGACUUUGCCCCGCCCCCCGCCUAUCACCGCUCUGACUCCGCCUCCUGGCAUACACAGCUGCAAAGCAUGACGCAGGAGCAGUUGGAGGCAGAGUUAGAGCUGUGUGAGAGGGAGGGGGCGGAACUUCAGGAGUACGCCAAUCAGGUCCUGCAGCAGAUCGCCGAACGAUGCCCCGACAUUCUGGAACAAGUGGUGAACGCUCUAGAGGACAGCUGCUGACACACACACACACACACACACACACACACACACACACACACACACAAUUAUCCACACAUAGAAAAGCAUGUACAUUAGUGAGCGCGAAAAGCAAGGAAACACACACGGAAAUCAUCAGGAGUCUCCGGCAAGCCCCUGUCAUCUCCUGAUACACAAGAGAAAAUGGACAAAGAUUUAUUCUUCCACGUACCCUUCAAUUCGAUUUUUAGUCACCCAAAAAAAGAUUAUGAAAAAGAUUCUGUGUCUUUAGUCGCUCUCUUUUCAGACAAACGGUGCCAGCUGAGGGAGGUAUGUUCAGUAAACUCCGUGCUGUGUUGGCAUGCAAGUUAAUAGGGAAGAAUUGAUGUUUUGAGACAUUUAACAAACGUUUUCCUAAGUACUCUCAAACAGAAGGAGCCUCACUGCACUCCAUGUGUGACACCUCACAGCGUCCAUCUUGUGUCUUUCCAGGCAAUCGGCUUGAUGUAUUUUAUGGGGGGAAAAAAUCCCCAAAAAGUGGGAGAGUGAUCCAAGCUUGCCAGGUUGAGUGUGAUGCCAGACUUACACGCUGUUACCACAUUGUGAUUUGAUUGGUUACAGAUACACCAGUGUUUAUUUCAACCGCCUUUGAUUCUUUACGUCAUUUGCUGCUAUCUUUUUAACUUUAAGCUUCUAUUUUUUUUUCCAUGUUUCUUUUUCUGAUGAAAUGUCUAAACUUCUUUCAGCAGUAAUCUCUAGGUAGUUGUGUAUAUUGUAAAGAGAGAAUUUUAAUUAACAGGAGCGGAGCUUUCAUCAUGGGAACGUGACACUUUCAUUUUUUCCCACCAUUGUCGAUGAAAGGCACAAACUACAAUCCAUCUCGCAGUACUCCCUUUAUUAAAACAGUGUAGAGGUUCAGUGUUUCUUUUGAACAAAGCUAUGCUGAAAGUCGGUUGUGUUCAGACAAUCCCUCACUUACCGUUUAGUGACAAUCCCUUUAGAGCUAGAGAGGAGGAGUCAUCGCCCUUAUUAAGCAUCUUUUCUUUCUUGGGAGGUAGAGAAUAUAAAAAUAAUUGCUAUAUUUUUUGUUGCUUUUGGUAAUAUAUAUAAAAAUCUUGUUUAAUUGAAAAGUUGUCAUGUAUUGGUUGAUAUGUUACAUAAUGUGUCAAAAGUUGUGUUCUGUGUUUGCAAGUCACCACAGAAGUGUUCCAGAGCAGGAGAUGCACCUACUGUACAUGAGGCUCUGUGUCCACCAGGACUAGUUAUUCUUCUUCUUCUUCUUCUUGUUUACUGUGGAGAUGACACUCUGACGCAUGUUUCCCACAGCGCUGACAGCCUUCAUAGGAUUCAAAUGCUAACAGCACCGAGCACUAGAGGUUCCACUUGUUUCAGCUUCCAUCAAACGCUCCUCUAACAUGUUUCUUUUGUCUGAUACUGUAAUGCGUGCUGAAGGCCACAUGCAACUGUUUAGCGCUGUGCCGUAAAAGAAAUACCUGGUGGAGACAAAGCCUAAAGAUGGGGAUUUACAAUGCAUACUCAAUUCAGAUUUUACACCUUCUGAAGAAGCCAAAACAUGUUUCAGCUGUGUAUUAAUAAAGCCCGAAGUCACAUGGGUGUGAGGAGGAGUUUCAUUCUAAAAUAUCCUAGAUAUAAGUCUCAAUGUUUGGUGCAGGUUCUUUAAAUAUCACCAGUUUGAAUUUUCAGAAAUCUCCAAUCACUUGUUUUGGAAUGAAACUCCAUCGGAUAUGAGCUUCUGUUGUAAAUCCAGUAUUUUGUUUUAUACUGAAUAUGUUGUGAAACGGUGACGACUGGGACUCUGUUGUGGACUGAGAAUGAGAGAAUGGAAUAAAAAUGGAUUUAUCUUUAUUUUAUUGUGAAA